UGAUACCAUGCAUGGGUUUGGGCCAACUCUAGGUAAGUCCCCAUCCGUGAAAAGGGGACUGGAGCUCCUCAGGGGAGCAGUAGGACACCUGUAGUCUGGCUGGGGGCUGGGUGGAGUAGAAGAAAAGUUUACGUGAGAAAUCAGAACGCCAGGCCCUGAAGUCAUACUAUUUUUGCAGCGAGGCGACUCCCAAGUGGAGAAAUUAGCAUGAAACUGUUGCAGGACAAUUGAAAUCCCUACGGCUCCAGCAGAAGCAAAUAUAAAACCUCUCCAUGUCAGAUGUCAGAACUUAUAGGAUUCCCAGAAGAACAGCCCUUGCUGAUUUUGAGCUCACAAUAAAAACAAGCUAAAAAUAGAAUCAUCAUGAGAGAGACUCAGCAGGCACAAUCAGUAGGAGAAUCAGUACCCUAAGAACUAAAAAUAAUAGGACAAUAUGAAAGAAACUAUAAAAAAUUAUAUUUAAGAAGAAAUUUAAAAAUAUAAUUAAGUCAAAAAUUCCUUGACCCAAAGAAUCAAACAAUGUGAUAAAAAUAGGCAGAAUCAAAAACCAGAUGGAACUUUUUAAGUUUCAAAUCAUACUUACUAUAAUUUAAAAACUUAAUUGAGAUAAACUGGAAAUUGCACAUAAAUAGAGAAUUGGUGGACUUGAAACAGAUCUGAAGUUGCCACCUAGAAUGAACAGAAGGAAGUGCGGGAGAGAAGCGUCACUAGGUGGAGAGGCGUGGGUGACAGAAUGCAAAGCUGCCGUGUUAUGUCUAGCGGUAGUUCCUGAAGAAGAAAAGAGAGAGAAGGGAAAGUUUAUGGUUGAAUGUUUCUUUUCUAGGUUUGAAGAAAAACAUAAGUCUUUAGAUUUAAGAAGCAGAGAAAGUCCUGAUUGAGAUCAACAAAAGGACAUCCAUCCCUGGACAUAUUAUAGUAAAACUACAGAUUAUUAACAAAAAAGAGAGACUUUAAAGUCAAUCAGAGAAAAAGAUAAUUAUACAUAAAAGAACAGUUAGACUGUAAACAGACUAUUCAUUAGCCAAAGUAAAUGUCAGGAAAUAAUGGAGGAAUAUCUUCAAGCAUUGAGAAAAAAUAUGAGAAACCUAGAUUCUACGAUAAACUAAAUCACUGUUCAAGAAUAAGGCGGAAAUGAAGAUAUUUUCAGGCAAAGAUUUGGAGAAGUUACUGCUUGCGCUUUCUCACUGAGAGAACUAGUCGAGGUUAUGUGAAAUAGAUUAUGUCCAGAAGAAAGGAAUGCAAUGCAAUUAGCAAGACAGCAUACAAAAUUAGUAAAUCUGGUGUAGGGGAUGAAAAAAACUUAUUUUUCCCUCUACUCUUCUUGGGUUUCUUAUUGGGGCCCUGAACAUUAAAUUGACAAAAGACAGAUUAACAAGAGAAAAGCAUACACAUUUUAUUAACACGUGCAUUGCGUACACAUGGGAGAACUCAGUGAUGAGUCACUCGAAGGGGUGGAAAAAGUUGGGCUUAUAUCACGUUUUUCACAAAACAACAGUUUUUAGAGAAGUGACAAGACAAAGGAGAAGAAAUUUGAUUGUCUAGGGUGACAAAUUGUGGGAAAGCAAAUAUAUGAGGGAACUAAUGGAAGAUAAGGACUACUUAUUAAGGUUUGUAAUGUAGGUUCCUUUGGUGCCUUUUCUGGGCUGAUAGGGGUCUACAGUUUGCUCUGGUGAUUAACUUCUCUCCUUCCUAGUAGAGAGGGGAAGGGGGGACAACUUUACAAAUUUGUGUCCUGCUUUUAGGUAAACAGGGGGAGGGCAGAGAGCUUUUUUAUAUCUUCUUCUAGGUUCCCUUCAGCUCAAAAUCAUCCUUGUGCCAAAGUGGCAUAUUUUGGGGUGGCAAAUUCUGCUACUCUUCAGUGUAAGGAAAUAUAAAUAAAUAUUGAAUUAAAAAAUAGCAAUAUAACAGUGAUUAAUUUGGGGGGCAUUAAAGCAAAGUGAAACUAAAAUACUAGAAAAUAAUCACAUGAAGCAUUGCAAACAGAAUUGGUGUUUCAAGCUCUUAUAUUGUUUGAAAGGAGGAUAAAGAUAUUACAUUUAAACUUAAAGGGAAGUUUGCAUGUAAGACAAGUAAGAGUAACUACAGAAAGAAUGGAAAUAGAAUUUAUAACUUCAAAACCAAUAAAAGGAUGGAAAGGGAAAUAAAUAAAAUAGAAAAAACCCAUAGAAGGGACUAAAAGAGAAAAAAGCAAAGAAAAGCAGGAUACAUGGAAAACAGAAAAUAAAGGUAAUAGCAAUUAAUGCACAUAUAUCUAUAAUUAUAAGAGAUGUAAAUGGAAUAAAGUCAACUUUUUAUAAUAUAGAGAGUCUCAGGUGGAUAAACGUGAAAUCCUGCUGUGUGCUCUUUCUAAGAGACAGGUCUAAAACAUGAUGACACAGCACGGCUGAAAUUAAAGGGAUGGAGGACAUCCAGGUAAAGAAGACAGACUGAACAAACGUGUCUGAUUUCGUUCCCUUCCCAAAUCCACUACAAUAAAGAGCUUUUCUUUUCUUAACAGACAUAAACCCAUCAAGACAAGAAAAACAGGAAAGAAGACAAGCAACAACAUUUUGUGUGCUGUAAAGCAUUACGAUUGACUGGGAACUGACUUAGCAAGUCCCAGGGAGCUGACUCCCAAGCCGGAAGGGGGAUAUGCAGAGAACCCACAUCGUUUAUACCAUGAAAUGCUGACAAGGCUUAGGGAUUGGCAGCUCCAGGGAGGAAGAUGCUGAAACUCUGCGGAGAAACAGAGGACAAGCUGGCUCAGGAGCUGAUUCAUUUUGAAUUGCAGGUGGAGAGAGAUGUGAUUGAGCCCCUGUUUCUGCUGGCUGAGGUGGAAAUCCCAAAUAUUCAAAAACAGAGGAAACAUUUAGCAAAGUUGGUGCUGGACAUGGAUUCUUCACGAACGAGGUGGCAGCAGACUUCCAAGUCUUCAGGUUUGUCCAGCAGUUUACAGCCUGCGGGUGCCAAAGCUGAUGCCCUCAGGGAAGAAAUGGAGGAGGCUGCCAACAGAGUGGAGAUUUGCAGGGACCAGCUCUCGGCUGACAUGUACAGUUUUGUGGCCAAAGAAAUUGACUAUGCAAACUACUUUCAAACGCUAAUAGAAGUGCAAGCUGAAUACCACAGGAAGUCAUUGACACUCUUGCAGGCUGUGUUGCCUCAGAUAAAAGCACAACAGGAGGCCUGGGUAGAGAAGCCUUCCUUCGGGAAGCCCCUGGAGGAGCAUCUCAUGAUCAGCGGUCGGGAGAUCGCCUUUCCCAUUGAGGCUUGCGUGACGAUGCUGCUUGAAUGUGGGAUGCAGGAGGAGGGCCUCUUCCGAGUAGCUCCGUCUGCCUCCAAGCUGAAGAAGCUGAAAGCUGCGCUGGACUGCUGUGUGGUGGAUGUGCAGGAGUACUCCGCGGACCCCCAUGCAAUUGCAGGAGCUUUGAAAUCUUACCUCCGAGAGUUGCCAGAACCUCUUAUGACCUUUGAACUCUAUGACGAGUGGAUUCAGGCUUCCAAUAUCCAGGAGCAAGACAAGAGGCUUCAGGCUCUGUGGAAUGCUUGUGAAAAAUUGCCCAAGGCCAAUCACAACAACAUCCGAUACUUGAUCAAAUUUUUAUCCAAGCUGUCAGAAUAUCAAGAUGUGAACAAGAUGACUCCCAGUAACAUGGCAAUUGUGUUAGGACCCAACCUCCUAUGGCCACAAGCGGAAGGGAACAUCACGGAGAUGAUGACCACGGUUUCACUGCAGAUCGUUGGGAUCAUUGAACCCAUCAUCCAGCAUGCAGACUGGUUCUUCCCUGGGGACAUAGAGUUCAACAUCACAGGGAAUUAUGGGAGUCCAGUCCAUGUGAACCACAACGCCAACUACAGUUCAAUGCCCUCUCCAGACAUGGACCCCGCUGACCGGCGCCAGCCAGAGCAGGCCCGCCGGCCCCUCAGCGUUGCCACGGAUAACAUGAUGCUGGAGUUUUACAAAAAGGAUGGCCUUAGGAAAAUCCAAAGCAUGGGCGUGAGGGUCAUGGACACAUCCUGGGUGGCUCGAAGAGGCUCCUCGGCCGGCCGGAAAGCAUCGUGCGCCCCACCCCCGAUGCAGCCCCCCGCCCCGCCCGCCGAGCCGGCAGCGCCCCUGCCAUCGCCCGUGCCCGAGCAGCCCCCGGACGGCCCGGCCUCAGCGGCGCCUUCGCUCUCUCCAUCUGGCCUGGGCCUGCAGCCCAGCGCCGCCGAGCGGACCAGCACUUCUAAAAGCAAGGAACUUUCUCCAGGAUCUGGGCAGAAAGGAAGUCCAGGCUCCAGCCAGGGGCCACCCUGUGCAGGGACGCAACCAGGGGUGCAGCCAAGCGCCAGCCCCAGCCAGCCGCCUGCAGACCAGAGCCCUCACACCCUGCGGAAAGUUUCCAAGAAGCUGGCACCAAUCCCACCCAAGGUCCCCUUUGGCCAGCCCGGGACCAUGACUGACCAGCCCACCGGCCAGCCGUCCCCACUCAGCCUGUCUCCCACCCCACCGAGCACCCCGUCACCCUACGGACUGAGUUACCCUCCAGGGUACUCUCUGGCCUCGGGCCAGCUCUCCCCGGCUGCCGCAGCUCCUCCCCUGGCCUCUCCUUCCGGCUUCACGAGCACUUUAACCAAGUCGCGGCCCACCCCUAAGCCCCGACAGAGACCCACUCUGCCGCCGCCUCAGCCUCCCACAGUGAAUCUCUCGGCCUCUAGUCCGCAGUCCACGGAGCACCCCGUGCUAGAUGGCAUGUCUCCUGGGGAAAGCAUGUCUACAGAUCUCGUCCACUUCGAUAUCCCCUCCAUCCACGUAGAGCUCGGGCCGACGCUCCGCCUGAGUCCCCUGGAGCACAUGCGGCGACACUCAGUGACUGAGAAGAGGGACUCGGAGGAGGAGUCUGAGAGCACCGCGCUCUGACUGCACCCGCCCGUCCCGCGUGUGCACACGUGGGCCCGACACACCCCUGCAAGCCGCCCUGGCUGGCCACGUGUUCUCCGUUGGCUCUUUGCUGUCACUGCCAACUCGCGGUUGGAGUCUUGCAGAAAACUGUCAUCUCUAGCCCGAGUGGCAAAUGUCAGUGGUGCCGAUUUUGUUUGUUCCCUUCAGGUGGUGACUCUGGCCUUUUGUUUGAUCUUUGCCUUUUGACUUUGUGCCUAUUUUGAUCCACUUUCAGCCUCCAUGCCCAUAACAGCCCUCUCUCCACCUGAGGGCUUGCUGUCAGAAAUGUCCUUUGCAGGUAGGGGUGUGAGGGGGGGUCGAGUUGGCCGGUAGACCUGGGGGCUGCCUGCCACCUGUACUCUGACAGCUGAUGUCAAGUCCUAUGGUGUCAGUUUAAUGGCUCCAGAAGGGAAGUGGGAUAUGGGGGGGGGCCCUUUCACUCACAUGGGACGAGUUCUGGAAUCCUAGAAGUGCUGGGGCACUGACUUGCCUGCUACACAGGGGAGGGCUGGCUGGUGGAAACCUUUAGGGCUGCCCUUAACCCAUGAGCACUAAAGUAAAUGGCUAAAAAUGAAAUUCAUUUCACUUCCUAGCAGUUUCAUUUUUCCACACUAUAUGACUGAAAGCCCCCUUUACUACCUUAUCGUUUUAUACUUGUGAAUUUAAAAAAUGAUCUUGAGGGUGUCUGGAGAGCCCAAAGAUAGCUCCUCAAGCCCCCCCAAAACACAUUAGAUGUCUGACAGUAAUUGCACCCCUCCAGGAUCCCGGGGGCGCCCACCUCACUAAGUACGUGGGGUCCAGGAGCUGCCUCUUCUUUCUGGAGGUCACCAGUGAAUAGCAAUAAUUCUGUUACCCAAAGCACGUAAAGGAAAGUGAGACCAGCCCGCGGAGACACCUGGCCAGCACCACGGGCCCGCGGUGUGGCGCGCUUCGCUCACCAGCAUCCGUUGCUCAUCCCUUCUCAUGCAGUCCCAUCCAUUCUCUGGGAGGCGGGCUGGAGGGCACGGGGAGCCUGGUCACACUUGGGAUUAAGGGAGUGAGAAAGAGAUGCGGGUCAUGCAUGCAAAGUCAAACCUUACAAUUUUAUCCUUUUAAAAUAGAUAUGAUAUACCUAUACAUGAUAUAAUAUUUGUAUAUAUGAAAUCUCUCUAUAUUUGUUUAAUUUGAGCCAUUCAAUCUAAACCAAUGUACAGGUGUACAAUGAGAAAUUUAAAUGCUUAGUUAUUUUUCCCAACACAGUGUAAAAUAACCCUUCUCUGACAGUGGGAUUUGCAAACUUUUGAUGUUAACAGCUUUGCUCACUUCCUGGCAAGGGCAGUUCAGUACCCAAUUUGUAAUGGAGCCCAGGGGUUGAAAGUUACCUUUAAAUACAUGUACAAAUAGUUGUCCAAAGUAAUGUUAUUAAAAUAGAUUUAUUAUCCGUGA